AUGGAGGAUGAAAAACAAUCAGAAAAUUCAUUAAUAAAAGAAAAUUAUUUAGAAAAAGAACUUGAAAAAUACAAAAAAGAAAAUUUUCUAUUAGAAAACGAAAUUCAUAGAAAAAUAUGGUCACAAAGGGAUAAUUUUUGCAAUGAAGCAGAUGAAUUCAUAAAAGAAUACGGUAUUUUAUCAGAUAGGAGAAAAAAACAAUUGAUGUCGAUUAGAGAAAGAAAUAAAACAACGUUUAACGACAUAACUCAUAUUAAACAUGGCGAUGAAUUUAUCAAUUUUGAAAACGAUAUAAAAAAACAAAAAGAAGAACAAAACUCUAAAAUUAUUCAGUCUGAACAAAAUUUAUCUUGCGAUGAGUAUUUACUAAGUGAUGACGAUUUAAAAGAUUUUCAAUCCUCGGAUUCACUCCAGAUUAAUACAAAUACCUCAGAUAAUGAAAAUUCUACACCGGAAGAACCCGAACAACCUGAAGAUUUCACACCGGAAGAACCCGAACAACCUGAAAAUUGCACACUGGAAGAAUCUGAACCUGAAAAUUCUUAUCAAUUAUCUCCAGAAAAUAAACUUUACGCUUUAAUGGAUUUUGAUAAGAUAAAAAUUUAA